AUGUCUUGGCAAUUAUCACGGUGGGAGAGGAUCGAUGCCUAUGUUGGCUGGCUAUCCGUUGCUGCAAGUUUAUUGAGAGCCGCUGUGUCUGGACCAUUCCGCGGCCGCUCAGGAGCAGACACCUAUCGUCACCAUAUAAUCCAAGCGGUAGUUAAGAAACUUACUACAAGGUUUAGUCAUCUUCAACUGCAAUACUUGUUCAAGACCUUUGACCAGAUUUAUGUGGAACACUGCCACAAUCAUGGAGACAAGCCAAAUUUUGUUUCUACCACCCGUGGUGUAAAUGGAUUUUGGAUCGGAGACCCUUCGGCCAAAUAUGUUGUCAUCCAGUUCCACGGAGGCGGAUUUGCUAUGGACGCAACAGAACCAUAUCUGUAUUUCUGGCAGAAGAUCCAAUCACAACUUGCUGAUGCCGGAAUUGAAACUGCAUGGUUCCAUAGUACGUAUACCCUCACUCCACAUAAGGCGUACCCAAGUCAAGUCGGCGAAGCAGUCGAAACGCUACGACAUAUCUUGGAAGGUAUUGGACGAUCACCUGGGGAGGUUCUCAUUGCCGGAGACUCAGCUGGUGGCAAUCUAUGUUUGGGAAUUCUGUCGCAUUUGAAGCAUCGCUUAGGGGAUAUACCUGAGCUUAUCAUAAAUGAGCCUCUAAAGGGCGCGAUUCUUCUAUCCCCUUGGGUAUCCUUCAGCCAUGAUUGGCCAACUAUGAUGCUUAAUGAGAAUAGAGAUAUCGAUGCGCAGGAUGUCACGUCGCGAUGGUCCCAGUUGUAUCUAAACGGGCGACCAUCGAAUAAUUUUGUCGAGCCAGGCGCUGCAUCGGAGGAGUGGUGGGAUGAGAUUCAAGUGGAACAGACCCUGGUACUCGCUGGCGCCCAUGAGGUCUUGCUAGACCCAAUAAAAGCUUGGUUUUCGAAAUUCGAAAAAUUCAACCCCAACAGUACUCUGGUUGUUGGUAAAAAUGAAUGUCACGUUGCACCCCUUAUCUGGCCUUUGUUUGGAGAUUUUCAUGAGACUGAACAGGAGAGCGCUCUGAAGCACUGGUUACUUGAGCGGUUGGGAUGA